AUGUACAAUGAUGAUUUGGAUUCAAAAAAAUUAUUCUUAGUGGAUUGUUAUAUUCAUUAUUAUUUUUAUUUUGAUAAUUUCAGAAAAUUAUAUUAAAUUCAAAUCAUAAUAAUAUUCCAUAUCAUCAUAAUCACAGAAGGUCACCCUUACCAUAUAAUCCUUUAAGAUUUAAUAAAUUAGCAAGGGAGGAAUACUAGAAUAAUGUAUCAGUUCAUUGAUAAGGUUUAAUAAGUCUAAAUUAUGGAAGGAAGAAAUCAAGAUAGAUGGAGAUUAGAUAUUUUAGAGAAUCUGAAUUGAAAAGGUUUAAACAGUUGCAGAGAAUCAUUAUAUUAUCAAUUAGAUCAUAUUGUGCCAUAUUCAAAAAUAUUAACAAAAAUUGUUCAUUAUUGUAAUCAUUUGUCAACAUAUACAAAUCAAAUAAAGAAAAUAUAUCAAAGGAUGUUUCUCCUUAAUUAAAUUUCAAUUCUGAAUAAUUUGAUACUAUAGAUUAUGCUAUAUAUGGUUGA